CAGUGGCUGGAAUCUCAAGUCUCUGGAACUAUUCUGCCUGUCUUGGCUUUCCAACCCCACCGAUCCUCCAGAGCGCACCAUGUAUGGACCCAGGAGGCUGGGCUGCAACUUUGGGAUGCCUUGGGAGCCCAGUCCACCAGGAGGAAAAUGCGUCCUGUGUUGGGGUCCUGACACCUGCAGAUGGGGCUUUGCCAUGAUUUCUUCUGGAUGUUUCUGUAAGGAGAUUGUUUCUGUAGAGAAAUGCCACUUCAGCAUCAUAUACACAGUCGUAAAAUUCAUAUCAAGAAAUGGGACCAGCCAGUCUUCCCUGGAACCUGAGGCAAAGAGGAAAAAGUCACACCCUAGGAAUGCAGUGGUGUCCUUUGAAAGAAGAGGAUGCCAUUCCCCGUGUGAGGGCAAUGGAAGCUCAUGGGGGACGACCACCGGAUCCAGAGGGAGAGCGACCAGGAGAGGAUACCAGCGUGAGACAGCGGAGCGGUCGGCCUCCUGAUGUUGGCGGUGCUGAAUGUGUAGAUAACACAGAUGGCAAAUUGCUAAGACAACUGCAAGCUCAAGAAAAAGCCCAACAAGCAGCACAAAUAAAGCUUUUGAGAAAACUCCAAAAGCAGGAACAGGCUCACAUUGCCAAAGAAGCUAAAAAACAACAAGCAAUAAUGGCUGCUGAGGAGAAGCGACAGCAAAAAGAGCAGAUAAAGAUUAUGAAACAACAGAGAAUUAAGAGAAUACAACAAAUGAGAAUGGAAAAAGGUCUUCGAGCCCAGCAAAUUCUGGAGGCUAAGAGGAUAAAGAAGGAAGAAGCUGCAAAAGCCAAAUUAUUGGAGGCUGAGAAACGAAAACAGGAAAAAGAACGGUCGAAGCAAGAAAAACGUGAUGAGAAACGAUUAAAGAAAGAGCUUAAACUAGAGCAACGAAGAUUAGAAUUAGAAAUUGCAAAAGAACUAAAGAAGCCUAAUGAAGACAUGUGCUUAGCAGACCAAAAGCCUUUGCCAGAGUUGCCUCGUAUUCCAGGACUUGUCCUCUCUGGAAGUACAUUUUCAAACUGUCUCAUUGUGGUGCAGUUCUUACGAGUCUUCGGUAAAGCUUUAGGCUUUAAUGGGAAUACUGAUGUUCCAGACCUGAGUAUUCUUCAAGAGGGAUUGCUGAAUCUAGGGGACAGCAUGGCUGAGGUACAAGACCUGCUUGUGAGGCUCCUGUCAGCUGCUGUGUGUGAUCCAGGUCUAAUUACAGGAUACAAGGCCGAAACAGCUCUUGGAGAACAUUUGCUGAAUGUUGGUAUGAAUCGAGACAAUGUUUCCGAGAUCUUGCAGAUCUUUAUGGAGGCCCGUUGUGGACAGACUGAGCUCACCGAAAGCCUGAGGACCAAGGCUUUUCAGGCCCACACUCCGGCCCAGAAAGCCUCGGCGCUGGCCUUCCUGAUCAGUGAGCUGGCGUGCAGCAGGAGGGUGGUGAGUGAAAUUGACAAGAACACUGAUUAUAUGUCAAACUUGAGGAGAGAUAAAUGGAUGGUAGAAGGUAAACUCCGCAAGCUCCGAAUCAUUUAUGCUAAGAAAGCAGGCAAGAGAGACACUUCAGGUGGCAUCGAUCUUGGAGAAGAGCAGCACGCGUCGGCCACCCCCACAGCAGGAUACAAGCGAAGAAGGAAGGGCGGCGACAGUGACGCUGAUGGCAACGAGGAGGAGGAGGAGGAGGAAGACAAGGAAGACAGAAAAGGAAAGAAAACUGAUGUCUGUGAAGAUGAGCAACAGAGUCAGUACAGAAGGGAGCUCUUCGAUGCGUCUCACUCUUUACGUUCAGUGAUGUUUGGCCAGGAUCGUUACAGACGUCGGUAUUGGAUUUUUCCCCAGUGUGGGGGGAUUUUUGUAGAAGGCAUGGAGAGCGCUGCAGGGCUGAAAGAAAUUGCAAAAGAAAGAAAAAAACGAAAAAAAGCAGAAAGCAUCCAGACCAAAGAAAUAUUUGAUACUUCUGACGACACUUUAAAUUGUUCAAAUCCGGAUCAUUGUGAGCAAAAGGAAGAUCCUAACGAAAAAGAUAACACAAAUCUAAUUCUUCAGAAUCCUGGCUCUUUUUCCAAACUAAGCAAGCUUUUAGAAGUAGCUAAGGUGCCUCCUGAGUCAGAUGUAACGACCCCCAAACCAAAGAGCGGUGCAGAUGGGUGCGCACUGCCUCACCAGAACCGUGGGAGACACUCACCGGGCAGCAUGCAGCCAACGGUGACACAGAACAGCGUGGAAGGGACAGACUCGAAUCUGGUCAGUACCGGUUCAGGUGGUGCAGGCAAGGUCUACAGUCCUCCCCCCAGGGACCAGUUGUUACUGCCAAGAACACCUUGGGAGGACGCUUCCCUUACCCAAGCCGAUGCGCCAGCUGCUUCUUCACCAACUCCUCGGGCCCAGCCGCCCUCUAAGUCACCUGCAGCUCUUGAAGUAGCCAAACCAGUAGAUUAUCCUAGUCCAAAGCCUAUUCCAGAAGAAAUGCAGUUUGGCUGGUGGAGCAUUACUGACCCAGAGGAUUUAAAAGCUUUGCUCAAAGUGCUACAUCCCAGAGGCAUAAGAGAAAAGGCAUUACAAAAACAAAUUCAGAAACACCUGGAUUACAUCACUCAAGCCUGCAUCGAGAAUAAGGAUGUUACCAUUAUUGAAUUAAAUGAAAAUGAAGAAAACCCGGUAACUCGAGAUAUUGUGGAGAACUGGUCAGUAGAAGAACAAGCAAUGGAAGUGGAUUUGAGGAUUCUUCAACAGGUAGAAGAUCUGGAAAGGAGAGUCGCAUCAGCAAGUUUGCAAGUAAAGGGUUGGAUGUGUCCAGAACCGGCAUCAGAAAGGGAGGACUUGGUCUAUUUUGAACAUAAGUCAUUUUCUAACUUGUGCAAGGUGCACGAUGGAGAAUUUACUGACGAAGAAGAAAGCAGUGCGCAUGCACUAGAGCGGAAGAGCGACAACCCCCUAGAUAUAGCUGUAAGCAGGCUGUCUGAGUUGGAGCGAAACAUUGAAAGGAGGUAUCUGAAGAGCCCCUUAAGUACCACCAUUCAGAUCAAACUGGAUAAUGUGGGCACAGUUACUGGCCCUGCUCCUGCACCAUCCACUAGUGGUGAUGAUGACGGAAUUGAAGAGGAUAUUGUUCCCGGUCUCAGGGUGUGGCGAUGGGCAUUAUCAGAAGCUCGCAGUGCUGCCCAGGUGGCUCUGUGCAUUCAGCAGUUACAGAAAUCCAUAGCAUGGGAAAAAUCCAUUGUGAAAGCUGCAAGUUCACUGAAAAGGGGCCGCAAAAACAGAAAAAGGAAAAUAGAGGAAAACACCUGCGGUACUGGAGUAAAACAAGAACGCUGUACUCGUGGAAAGAAACUGAAACAGGACAACUCUGACCCGACUCUUGGCAGCCUUACUAAAAUGCAAACUCGUCUCAAUAAAGACAUGAAAAAAAGAAAAAUAGAAGAAAACACCUUCACUAACUUACCAAACCAGGAAAGCUUUCAUUCUGUAAAGAAAAGGAAGCAAGACCACUCUGACCUGACUCUUUCCAGUACCCUUACUGAAAUGGACAGUCAUGAAGAUGCACGGCCUUUUGUAGAACUGCCGGAGUGCAGCACACGGAGUCGUCUGCGUUUCCGCCUCAGGGAUGGAAGACACGUUUUUAUUAAAAGUGCGUAAGCAGCUUUAUAAUAACAUGUCUGGUAUCUGGGGGUCUCAUCAACAAGAAAUAAAGUGGUUAAACACACACACAGAGCAGUCUUUCAAGAAUGAUCAUUUUCUUUUAAACAAAUACAAUAUCCCUGAAAAAAGGAAAGCGUGGUGUGCAUAUUGGCUACUUUGGGCUGGUGUUUUCAUCACUGGUGGUACAUACUCAGCAGGAGCAGCUGGGCAGGAAGUAGUGGGCAUGGUAUGAAAAUGGCAGUUGGUCCAGUACUAAUUGUCACUGUACGUGUGGGUAUCAUUUGUUCUGUGACUGACUUGCACUCGAGGUGCCCUAGGGUGAGUGUAUCCUCAAGCCCCUGGCACGGUUCUCCUCAAAUAACCAAAGUCCUCCUAAGCCUGUGCUGCCACCCAACUACAGGUAUCCACAGCAUACUUUCAUUCGGAUGCACGAGGCCUUCGCCGUAACCGUCAUCAUUUCAGUCCUGGUUGCUCUGUAGAUUAUAGAUCCCGGGCCUACCCGCAAGUUUGUAUUUCGAUUGCCAUUCAAGUGGUAAUCAAUGAAUGAUGACCAAUGAGUGCCCUACUGUUAAA